AUGGCUUCCUCAGUAUUAGAAGUAUCUCAGCCGAUUGCACACAAAACGAGGCAAUAUCAGUCACAUCCUGGAUCACACUAUGUGCUGCCAUCGGAUGAGCCAGAAAGGGAGAGGUUAAAUCUUCAGCAUCGAUUGCUGACGACGAUAUUCGAUAAUCGUUUGAUUUUCGCACCACUGCCGUCCAUUCGUGGCGACGAGGCGUUUUUGGAUAGCGGAACGGGGAGUGGUAUCUGGUUGCUCGAUGUUCUCAACCAUGUCCCGCCUUCCGUGAAGCUCUAUGGCAUCGACAUAGAAUCGUGCCUGUUCCCCCGCGAUAACGAAGCACUUCUUUCGCGCGGAAACAUACAUUUCUCUGUCGGCAGCAUCACCAAGCUGCCAGCAGAGUGGACGGACACUUUCACCCUAGUCCAACAACGCCUGCUCGUGGCGGCGCUGCAGCACACCGAGUGGAGAGUCGUCAUCAGCGAGAUAUUUCGCGUCCUCAAGCCUACAGGCUGGGUGCAGCUGUGCGAAGCUGGGCCCUUCAAGGCCGGACCUGUAACCGACAAAUUUCGGAUACUCCUGUACGCCCUCUUCGCUCACAAGGGGUUGCUUCUGGAUUGCGGGGUACAUAUCCCUAUCUGGAUGCGCGAGGCCGGCUUUACCAAUAUCCAUGUUGAGGAGCGUGCAGUUCCUCUUGGACAGUGGGCUGGCCAACUAGGCGUGGACGGUAGCAACGACAUCAUCAGCAUAUUCCGGGGCAUGAAGACCCCGAUUUUGAAUGCUGGAGGGCUGGGCUUGGUGUCGUCCGAAGAGGAGUUUGAUGGCUUCCUCGAUGACUUGGAGAAGGAGUGGGACGAGACUGAGGGUGCGGAACACAAAUUCCUCGUGCUAUUCUGGAUGAGCGGGAAAUGUGGCGAAUGUGGUGAAACGACUGCAUGGGACCAAGAGCUCGCCUCAACUAUCUGCACACAUUGCGGUACACUCGGGGACCCGAAUCAGGUCCUCCUCACUUCACAUGCAGACUUUCAGGAAAGCUCCACGAGGGACACAAUAUGGAACCCAAGCUCAGGGAGUACGCUGAAGGGAAGGAACGGCUGGGCUCUCGCUGGGCAAGGCAAGGAAGCCAGAGACAAGAAGAACCGGACAGUAGCUAGUAGACUGGCUCAUGCCGGCUCCGCUUCACGAGCGCAAACUAUAUUCGAUCAAGCGAUGAACAGAGGGCAAUAUCGGUGGGGUCGAAAAGCGAAGCUUACCGCUGGAGCGUCCGUUGCGAUUGCUUUGCGUGAGGCGCGCAAGAGCGACGCCCUCCAUGACAUUGCUUAUCUACUGGAGGAACAUAUGGCACCAAUAUCCCGGGCAUUCUCGUCGGUGAUAAGUCUCCUACAGUUGGGUCUUGCUUCGGCAGACCCGUCGAUGCACUUUUCAGCCCUACAAGGUUACCUCCAUUCACUUGUGCAAGACCCCACCUCUUCUCUAUCUCCUAAACUGUUGACAACCCUUCGACCUCUUAUGGCUCAGCUGCCCACUGUCAUGUGUACAGCCAAAUCCUUGGCAAACCUCUUGUCGCGCAGUAACACCUUGUCCCACUUGCCAACCCCUCCAACCGCUUGCGCCCUCAUGCUGCUCGCCCUUGAAGGGGAGCUGCGUUCGUCCAUACCAAAUGCUAGCGCCCUCGCAGAUGCGCUUAGUAAACGACUAGGCGUA